ACUGUUGUUAAAGUCAUUUGUGAGACGCCUUUGUGGCGGAAAAAUACGAAAAAAGGAGUGUGCGGAAUUCUGUCUCUCCCUUUUCUAUGGUGUAAAGUCAGUAGAUUAAGAUGAAUUACAUUCAUUUGUAAAAUGGCAUCUCUCCCCGGUAUGGCUCUCGUGUUGCUGGCAAUUGCUUACCUGUUACGCGCAGAUUCAUCCUUCGACAAUGACAUUAUAGCUGGUAUAAGUCUGCCUGAUGACUUUCACGAAACUAAGGAUGAAAAUGCGGAAGGAGAUGAAGAAAAAAAUACAAGAGAGUCAAAGGAUCUUAUCAAAGAGAUGACAGCAAUUGUGGGUCAAAUCAGCACUCUAUUAUGCAAUUUUGAAGAUCCAGGAAACAGAACUGUAUCUUGGAUUAGAAAAAAAGAUCUACAAAUCUUAACUUCGAUGUACAUUACAUACACUAGCGAUGUAAGAUUCAAAAUAAUUACCAAUGUGAGUUACUCACCAUCACAGGAAAAUUCCAGUAUUUGGAAUCUUCAGAUAGAUAAUGUACAGCCAAGGGACGAGGGCAUUUAUGAAUGCCAACUUAGUACAGAACCCAAAAUACAUAAAGCUAUUUAUCUAAAAGUAUUAGACGUUCAAGCCAAAAUUUUGGGCCCUGAAGAGGUUCACGUGAAAAAAGGCAGUACCAUUAGUUUAACGUGCGUUGUAAACACACAAUUCGUUUCUCCAAGUAACGUAACUUGGUACCACGCCGGAUCAAUUAUAGACUUUGAUAGUCCCAGAGGUGGAGUUUCGUUAGAAACCGAAAAGGCCAAAGGCGGAACAACGAGUAAGUUGCUGAUAACGCGUGCUUCUCUAAACGACAGCGGUAAUUACACUUGCGUCUCCAGCAAAGCUGCACCUGCAAGUGUCAUUGUACACGUAUUAAACGGUGAGCACCCUGCAGCGAUGCAGCACGGGGGAGGACAUAAGCUCAUCUUCAGAGCGCUUUCGAUCAGCCUGGCUCUCGUUUUGAUUCUAGUAAGAUAAACGAUGACUUAAAUCCGUCACAAAUUGCAGGUUAUAAACUCUGCAAACGAUCAACCUCAAAACCCAUCUGAGUGUAAACUUGUAUAGUGUAUAAUAUAAUAUAUUAUGAUAUAGUAUAACACAAUAUAAAAAAUAUAUAAAAUAUCAAAGAUUUUUAACGUGUUAAACUAAGAUUGAGAGACUGAUAAAAUGAAGCGAAAAAGGCCGAAAAAUCUUGUGAGGCGUUAGAACAACUACGCAUCAAGAUCUAAAUAAAUAUUUGACUCUUUCAAAGCAAAGUAAGACUUAUAUCCAAAU